ACAGAUAAGAAUUUAACGUACAGACAGACAAUGGCGGCCCAAAGGAAAAUGUUGAUCCUCGUCGUCUUGUGCAUCGCUGUUCAAAUAUCACAUCAGCUGAUUGCGAAGCAAACCAUCGAUAUGAAAUGUGACCCAACGCUAAGUAAACGCAUGGACGACUGUCCCACUGGUUACUGCUGCGUCCGUGACGAGUUUCUCCCCACCUACGUCUACUGCAAGAAGAUGGGAGUCCACAACGAAGACUGCACGACAAGGUUGACCGAGUCCGCCUGUCCGUGCGUCAGUGGUCUGCAUUGCCGUCCCAACAUUGAGAGUGCCACCUUCCACUCACUGUAUGGGAAAUGUCACCCUAACACAACAGCACAUGGCAGUAUCACUGGGUGAAAAGAUGUUAGAAAUAUAAAAAUCGAUAUCGACUUCAAUGAUGUGCACUGAAAGUAUUUGAAAAAAGUACAAAUAAAUGGUUACAAAGAGACUGAAAUAACAUUUUAUGAAA